UUCCCCAUGAGCACCUCCAAUUGACAUGCUCACGGCUUACUUAGAAAGCUCCUUUUCUGCUUUUUUACAGGUGGGUCUUAACUCAAGAUUUUAGCAUGAAGAUUUGCUGUCAGGCCUGCCCGGAGCCUCCCCAGGUAACAACAGACCUCUCGGCCGCAGCCGACCACACGGGAUGCCUCGCAUCGGCUUGAAACGGUCCCUCGAGAGUCCGUGGCUGUGUUGUCAGUGUGGCCCUAGGGGUUUUGUUCAGGGCGUGUAAGGGGGCUUUGCUGCUGCUGCUGCCGCCUUUUAUUUAUUUCCUUUCUUUCUUCGAACCUGGGCCUUGUCUGGCUCCCACUGGCAUGAUGGCCCAGUCCAAGGCCAACGGCUCGCACUAUGCACUGACCGCCAUCGGCCUGGGGAUGCUGGUCCUCGGGGUCAUCAUGGCCAUGUGGAACCUGGUACCUGGCUUCAGCGCGGCCGAGAAGCCGACCGCUCAGGGGAACAACAAGACGGAGAUAGGCAGCGGCAUUCUCAAGAGCAAGACCUUCUCCGUGGCCUACGUGCUGGUUGGGGCCGGGGUGAUGCUGCUGCUGCUGUCCAUCUGCCUGAGCGUCCGGGACAAGAGGAAGCGGCGGCAAGGCGAGGAGCUGGCGCACAUCCAGCACCCGGGGGUUGAGCCUCACGCCCAGGAGGAGGACAGCCAGGAGGAGGAGGAGGAGGCCUCCUCGAGGUACUAUGUCCCCAGCUACGAGGAAGUGAUGAACACAAACUACUCGGAGGCGAGGGAACCGGACCAGAACCCCAGGAUGAGCAUCUCUCUCCCCUCCUACGAGUCCUUGACGGGGCUGGACGAGACAAGCCCCACCACAACCAGGGCCGACGUGGAGAUCAGCCCAGGGAACCUCCCCGACAGGCAGAACUCCAGACUGGCCAAACGCCUGAAGCCGCUCAAAGUUCGAAGGAUAAAAUCCGAAAAGCUUCACCUCAAAGACUUCAGGAUCAACCUGCCAGACAAAAAUGUGCCUCCUCCCUCCAUCGAGCCUUUGACUCCCCCCCCACAGUAUGAUGAAGUCCAGGAGAAAGCCCCCGACACCCGGCCCCCCGACUGAUGGCCCCUCCCCGAGCGUGUCCCUCCCUCACUCAUCCUCCACGCCACCAGACCCCGAAUGAAGCCACUUCAGUCACCGUUGAGAAGCCGAGGGGCCAGGUGUGUCCUUAGCAAUUUGGAUGGGGGCCAGGGGGCAAGGGGGUGAGGGGAUUCGGGAGCAGUCCACAGAACCUCACGUGGCAGGUGCAUCGGAAAGAGCUGCUGCCUCGGAUCUCGUGAUGUUGUGACCCCAUAGAGGGACAGGGUGCUGGCAUCGUCCCUGUUGGCCUUCCUCAACUCUGAAUCGUCAGUGACAUCACUCCUUGUUCCAAUUAGGAAAGGAGACCUAGCAACUGGUUUAGGUUGUGGUUUUGUUUUGCUUCCGCUAGGACUGUUCUGUUUCCAAAAGAAAACAAGUUAUGCCUUUGCUUUCUCACUGGAGUCCUGAACUGUGGGUAGGAAAACUGACCCAGCUUUAUGGAAAGGACACAGGCCUGUUUCGUGAAUUAAGCCAAACAAGAGGCUGGAUGAUAUACAUAGGAGUCCCGUGGGGUUCUCAGAGAAACGAUGCCAUCGGUUCUUUUGAGGACCCCAGGCCUGAGGAGGUGCAAGGUCCUGGUCUUCGUUGGUAGAGUUGACUAGUCUCUCCUGCGUAACGGCAAAAAAGGAAGGCCGUAUGAGAUGUUCUGUUCCUUCUAAAAUGCCGUGCAACUGAGCUUUUUGUAAUAAAAUAUUUUCUAUGUCGUUC